AUGGAAAAGAAUAAUAUAUAUGCAGAUUCAAUUAGCAAUUCAAUAGAAAUAUUUGUUUAAAAUAAACACCCAACAGAGGUAUUCUUUAAAUUUAUGAAUUUCUGUUAUGAGAAAUAUAGAAUUUCUAAUAGUUCUCAUAAACUCUCAUUUAAGAAUUUGAAUUAUUCAGACAUUAAAAGUAACAAGUAGAUAGACGAUUUUUUUAAACUCUGCUUAAUCUUUAUCUAAGUUCAAAAACAUUAUAAAAAUCAUUAAAAUGGAUAAAAAGUUAAUAGAGUUAUAUUUGAAAAUGUAUUCGAUGAAAAUAACGAAGAUUUUAUAGGUUUUAUAAAUAAUGUAAAUUAAACUUUAUAAAAUGUAUAGAAAGCACAAUGCUAUCAAGAUUUUAGUAUGACUUAUUAUUAGUCAUCGGAUGAUGAAAUAAGUGAUGAAAAUCUUGAUUAAGAAAUAUCAUAGGAAUUUGAAAUUAUAGAUUAUGAGGAUUUGAUUAAAUAUCAAUUUACAGAAAAAUGGCCACAAAAGAAAAUAUGA